AUGCCGACGACGCUGCGACUGCGCUGGACCGGCAAACGGUCUGAGCAUAUCUUGCUCAACGUAAUCCAUAGGGGACCGCGCGACCUGGAUCUGAAGCUCAUUGGGACGGACUUUGAGAAGUUAUAUUCCGGCAAGGUCAAAGACUCUUCGGCCAAAUCUCUUCAAGCGAGCAAUUUUACUGGCAAUUUGGAGGAAUGGAAAUCCAUUCUUGGCCUCGCUUUGCGACAUCUUCGGCCGAGUGGGACCCUGCCUGAACAUCUACAAGGCAUCCAGGCCGUUGGAGCGAUCGAUGGCUCAACGUUGACGGUCACUAUCCAGAGGAGGAUUGACGAUAUCACCCAGAGAUUGGGUACCAUCAAGCUCGAGGAGACUGACGAGGAAGUCAACACGCUGGAAUGGGCGGACCAAGCGACUGCAGCCUCGGACGACCUCCGGUCCCAACUGGAGACUUUGCAAUCCUCAGUGGCGUCUCAACAGAAGCAGAUCACCAGACUUACCAAUGAGCUUGACAAUCUUAUCAGGGCUAAGAAGGAGCACGAGGAUGAGCUGUUCAGCAAGUUUGCUGCUUUGCUCAACGCCAAAAAGCUGAAGAUUAGAGACCAGCAGCGGCUGCUUGCGGGCGCUCAAGUUGACCACGAUGCUGCUCAAGAAGUCAAUGACGCCAGAAGCAGGACGGCUCGUCGAGAGCCUGGUGCGUCCCGGAAAGGAAAACGCAAAGCAAACGAUGCCCCCAAGCCAACCCAGGAUGGAGACACAGAAGAUGAAGAUGACGAAGAGACCGAUCUAGGCACUGCCAACGGAGAGGACGACGAGGAGGAGCGCCGACGACAAGAAACACCUGAGACGGACGACGAAGAUAUCGCGGAAGCUGAGCUUGGCGGCAGUGUGGACGGCGCAGGGACCACAACGCAACCUGAUGAUUCGCAGACGACCAGAAGAGUUGUCGAACGACAGAAGGCGAGCGAGUCGCAGUCGAGUAGGAGUGCGCCAACGAGAACUGCCCAAGGCAGCUCACAGCGCAUGAAAUUGGAUGAAUCCCCACCUGGACGAAGAAUGCGCGGGAGAGAGGCGGCCGCAAAACAGCGCACCCCUCCACCGACGUCGAAUGCUCCGGUGGAGGAUGAAGACGAUGAGACGGAAGAUGAAUUAUGA